UCCCCGCCUCCUCCCGCCCUCCUCCCCGCGCCUCGCCUCGGCGCCGCGGCCGGCAUUUCUCCUCGCAGCUCGCUGCCUCCUCUAUCCCUGCCUCCCUCUCCCCCCUCUGUCUUUCUCCCUUCCUUCCCUCUCCGACCCUCUUCCUCUCCCUCCCGAUCCUUUCCCUCCUCCUCUCAUCUUUCCCCUGUCUCUCCGUUCUAGCUCGUCCCCCCCCCCCACCUUUUCUUCUUUCUCCUCCUCUCCUUCCUCUCCCCCUCUCCUCUGUCUCCUUCCACCGUCUCCCCUGCCUCCCUGUCUUUCAGUCCCUGUUUUUCAGCCCCGUCUCCCUCUCGGUUUCUCUCCCCCACCCUCCCUCCGGGUUUCCUCCCCGGUGCCCUCCCUCCUCUCUCCCUCCCCUCCCCCUCCGCCCCUCGCAGCCCCGCCGCUCGCAGCUCCCAGUCUGCCUCCCCGAACCGGCGCCGCCGCCCGCACUCGCCGCAGGACCGGCCCGCCCGGCUCCCGGGGUGCGCCCUCCUCGGUCCCGCGCCCUCCGGGCUCGCAGGGACGUCUCCUCCCUCCCGGCUCGCGGCCCCGCCCGGCCCGGCCCCCGCCCAGAGCCCCAGCGCGCCGAGGAUGUGAGUCCUGCUCGCCUCUGGCGGAGCAGCAGCCACUCGCGCGCGGAGCCGGAGCGCAGCGCAGCGCAGCCGCGGGCGCUCUCCGGGCCGCUCGCGCGAGUGCUGCGCUCUUGCCCUAGCGGCGUCCCCCGGCCUCUCGCCGGCGCCACCGCCGCAGCAGCCCGCGGGCCGUCCCCGGCCGGCCGCCCCCGGCCCCAGCGCCGCUGACCCUGUCCGCCGCGGGCGGGGACGCGGGCGGAGGAGGCGCCGCGGCGGAGCCCCCGGACGCGACCAUGUCGGAGGUGCUGCCCUACGGCGACGAGAAGCUGAGCCCCUACGGCGACGGCGGCGACGUGGGCCAGAUCUUCUCCUGCCGCCUGCAGGACACCAACAACUUCUUCGGCGCCGGGCAGAACAAGCGGCCGCCCAAGCUGGGCCAGAUCGGCCGGAGCAAGCGGGUUGUUAUUGAAGAUGAUAGGAUUGAUGACGUGCUGAAAAAUAUGACCGACAAGGCACCUCCUGGUGUCUAACUCCCCCAAAGACAAUGAGUUAAGGGAGAGAAUAAGAACGGCGGUAACAGUUAUUGGCAAAAAGCAUGAAAAGAGAAAGCACUUUGAAAUUUAUUACUAGCUUGCUACCCACGAUGAAAUCAACAACCUGUAUCUGGUAUCAGGCCGGGAGACAGAUGAGGCGUGAGGAGGAGGAGGAGGAGAAGGCUCUGGGCUCCUCUGCAAAAAUAAAAAUAAAAAAAAUAAAUAAAAAUUUAAAAAUAAUAAAAAUUCACUAUAUACACAUAUAAAGAAAUAAAAAGAAGUCUCAGUUGCAGCUAUUUGUCAAAAUUAAUAUCCAUUUCUUUUUAUAUACGGUGAAUAUUGCGCAAUUAUAGAUCUGGAUUUUGAACCACUUAAUGAAGCGGCAACACCAGGUGUUUUGAGGUGUUGGCAUUCUUCGCUGAUUUGGCUGUUCCCAAUGUUUACAUUAUUUAAUCUUGCAAAAAUGGUUCUGUGCACUUGGAUGUGAAAUGCUGUCCAGUUUUAUUUUUUUUAUGUUGUUAUCCUUGGAUGUACAAAAAAUUCAGAAAAUGAUCUCUGUAGAUAUUCUGUUUUAUUUUGGUCAUCUUUAGAAGUUAUCAGGAAUGUGUUUAAAACAAGAAGAGAACUUUUCUAAGGAAUGAUACAUAGAAAAGAUUUUAUUUUAAAAUGAGUUGUAAAGCUUGUGUUUCUUUGUUGCUGCAAGCUAUUUGCCCAAGUUAAUGCAAAUGGACACAUUUUUUAUGUCAGAAACACACACACACACACACACACGAAAAACAAAGAAAAAAAUGCUUGAGCUUUUUCUAACUUCCCCUUGCAGUCUGUUGUGUGAGCAGCCUGUUUAUUUCUCUAAUAUUAUGUCAGUUUAUUCUCUUUAAUGGACUGUAAAAAAAUGUAAUCACAAGAGUGCCAAAUAUCUUGAAAUGCCAAAAGGCAUUUUAGUUUCUUUUCUCUGUGCUCUGAGUCCACGUACAGGAAUGCUUGGAGUGUCUUUUCUGUUAUUUAUAGGGAUUCUCUUAAGGCACACCAGCUGCCUGUUUUGCAUGGUAUUUGCAAAAAUGCCUCUUGCGUGAGGAAAUCUUUUACCAUUUUUUGUUUGCAACUUUGGACCUCAAGAGGUUUCCCUUCCCUUCCCCGUUCCCUCUUUUCUUAAUUCAAUAUUCUGUAUGUUGCACCUUGAACCAGCACACAGGGCUAUUUCUCCAAUGUACAAUAAAAGAAUUGUUCCUGUGUCUCA